AUGGCGACUCGAUCGCUGAGACGAAAGGUGUUCAGAGCUCUGAGCUCUCUACAAUCGUCGUCUAAUUCAAUCGAAGCGACGCAAAAUUUGUCACUCUCUUUGUUGACAGAGGAAGAGUAUCACACGCUGGCUAAUUCCACCAUCCAUGAUCUGCUUGAGAAGCUCGAGGAAUAUGGUGACUGUGUGGAUAUUGAUGGAUUUGACGUUGACUACGGGGUGAAAUGGACUAACUUGCAUGGAUAUAAUGAGGUCCUGACUUUAAAGCUUGGGGAUUUGGGGACUUAUGUCAUAAACAAGCAAACGCCAAAUAGACAGAUUUGGAUGUCGUCUCCAGUGAAGUACAUGAACGGAACUUGA